GUCCUUUACAUUGUUUAUAUUUGAUGUUAGUAUGUAUUCCGACUCAUUCUUGUUAUUUCAAUUGUUGCAUUUUACUUUGAACACUUACAUUUUUGAACUUGUGAAUACUUGACCAUGGUGAUGUUGACAAUAUAUGUAGUGAAAUUUCUAAUUUAACGACCUCUUUCUUAUUAGUAACAACAGAGCCCUUUUGAAAAACUUUAAAUUCUUGUACAAAAUUUUUAUUUUCCUAAGUAAAUAUACUUAUUUUAUUAUUAACAAACUUAACAUAUAUUUUUUUAUUAAUUUUUUUCAUUAAUUUUUUUCAUAUACGAGAAAAAGAGAAGGUCAUGUGCGGUCGAUCACCUCGCACAGGACCCCUUGUAACAAGGGUGAGAAAUUGGUGUGAUAGAAUAUUGUUAUGUUGUUAUUUGCAUGAUAAAAAACAUUGGCUAGAGAAGGUGGGUUUUUCUUUGAAGUUUGUAUUUACAAAGGGUACUUAACCAUUCUACCUAAUUUGCACCUAAUAGAGUUAUAUUAAAGGUAAUCAGUUAUUAGUUUAAACUUUUGAUGUAUUACCGAAUAAAAUUUGUGGUUGUUCAAAAUUAAAAAGCCUAAAAAAGUGAGGUUAUUUAUUUGUUUUAGGUAGAGAAUAGAUAUAUUGAUGUGUUCUAGGAUGAGAAUGAAUUACCUGCUACAGGGAUGGCUUCUUAAUAUACAGUUCAAAUAAUUAGACUAUGUUUGGUUGGGUAGUUAGGUCAAAUUAAUUAGCCGGUGGCUUUUGUUUCCAUAAAGGAAAUCUACUUUUAUUGAUCUUUUUGCCUUUCAUCAUCUUUUCUUUUACAUAGUGCCAAAUCUUUAGUUAAUUAAUUUAGGAUGUUUUCAGAGUUGAUUCAGAUUCGAGGUAGCUAGGUUAUGUUUCCAUGUUUGCCCUUACUUGUCAGUAUAAUUUUAAUAGUAAAGUAGUUGCCAAACAUGGUAUUAUCAUUUUCUUAACAGCUAGGUUUUGUGGACAUACAUGUUGGGGAUUCAGGUCAGUUACUUAUCCCUUGAGCUUUAGAAUGUUGUGAUCAAAUGCUUUAAAAAAUUGCAACGCUCGUUGAGUUAUGGCAUUUUGCAAUGAUAGGAAGAAAACCUGUAUUGAAGAGCUUGUUAGAUAAAAUAUUUCCGUUGUUGCAGCUAGUGAGGAAACGACAGCGACUCAUGAGAACAAAUUUGGAGUUUGGAGGAACUUAUGUCAUCAGGCCUAAGGGAAAACACCAGGCUACUAUAGUCUGGCUGCACGGAAUGGGUGAUAAAGGAUUGAGCUGGUCUCAGCUGUUCGAGAACCUUCCCCUUCCAAAUAUUAAAUGGAUUUGCCCAACUGCUCCUACUCGUCCAGUUGCACUUCUUGGGGGAUUUCCUUGCACUUCUUGGUUUGAUGCAGACGAUAUAUCAGAAAACGCUCCAGCCAAUAUGGAGAGUUUAGAUGCUUCAGCCACACAUAUUGCUAACCUUUUGUCCAGUGAACCCUCUGAUGUCAAACUCGGUAUUGGAGGAUUCAACAUGGGUGCCGCUAUCGCUUUGUAUUCUGUAAUAUGCCAAGUUUUAGGGCGAUACAGUAAUGGGAACCCUUAUCCUAUAACUCUGAGCAUAGCUGUGGGACUGAGUGGGUGGCUGCCGUGUUCAAGCUUAUUAAGAACGUGGACGGAGGACUCUCAAGAAGCUGUGCUGCGUGCGGUAGAUGUGCCCAUUUUACUUUGUCAUGGAUUAGCUGAUGAAGUGGUUGCUUAUGGACAUGGAGAGAAAGCUGUGGAGGCUCUUACUUCAAUCGGAUUCCAGAAUAUUACUUUCAGGAGCUACGAGGGGCUAGGUCAUUAUACAAUUCCGGAAGAAACGGAUGAAGUUUGCAAAUGGCUAACGACAGUGUUGGAUCUUGAAGGGACCCCUUCAGAUUCCUAAGAUAAUGAAGGCAAAGCAGCAAUAUGUUCUUUAGUUGAUACACAGAUAGAUGGCAAUCCGAUGAAGAUUGUUUUAGUAUAUAUAUAUAUAUAUAUAUAUAUAUAUAUAUAAAAGAAAACAUGACAUAAACUUUGUAUCAAUAACUAUUAUCUGCACAAUAAAUAUCUGGCAUAUUGCCCGCUUUCCUUUUUGCGCGUUCAGAA